AUGGCGAAUAAGGAGAACGAUGCCCAAGAAUACGUUAAAAAGCAUUGUAUUAUGGAACUAUUUGAGAACUUAACUGCACAGUUGAUCUAUGAAAGACCAGGUGAAUAAUUUACACAGCUUAGGAUUGAUGUUUUGGCAACAAAUCUGGCAAUGUGAAUGAAAAAUAUUUGAGACUUUGGAUAUUCAACAAUAUGUCGUUGGGAACUUUAUUACAUAUAUAUGUAACUCUGCUUGUUUGUUUGACAGAGGACCCGAAGGCUUACAUGAAACAAUUCUUGGAGAAAUUAAGAGAUGCAAGAACAAUGCAGAGAAACUACCCGUGCAUAUUUGAUGACAGUAACGUAAGAUCGUUGUUUGGAAUGCUUGAUGUUACAGGAAAAGGCUUUAUUACAUAUGAACAGUACAAACAAGGUCAGUUUUUCUUUUAUUUUACAAUAUCUGUUUAACUCAUGUCAUCGUACCUUAUUCCAUUGCAUAGAAUUUAUAAAGUUUUAUCCAAGGAUCUUGGAGAAAAACUUUUUUUUGAAUUGAAAGAAUGAAAUCAUCUAAAAGUUCAAUGAGAUAUUUACAGGAGGACGAUGUUUUUGCACACGAUCCUGUAAAGUUUUGAUGCCGUUAAACUAAUAGCAAGCAUUGUCAGUAGCUUACAGCAAUUGCCUAAUUUUCUUGAGAUGCUUGCUAACCAACAGCUGUUUGCAGGGCGUGAAAUCGCGCCUUAUACAGGUGCCAAUGCGACUAAAUUUUUCCCUUUGGCGACCAAAUCCCGAAAAUUAGUCGCCAAAUUGGCGACUAGAAUGUUUCAUCAUAACCUUACCACGAGAUAUCGUGAAUUAAAAAGAUUUGCAAAGAUAAAUCCGCGGCAAACUUUCUCGUUAAGUUUGUUUCCAAAACGCAGCACAUGCGUCUCGAUCGAUAACUAGACGCCAUCUUGAAUUUAGGUGAGCUUGAGAGUUGUAUAUCAUCCCUCCUAGUGUCCACUUUGUAGCACGUUAAAGAUCUUUCCCCUAACUUAAUUUGGAGGGUCUCUCUAGAGCGCUGACAGCGUAAAAAAAGGUUUUGUUUGUCUUUGAAAAUGGCGACCAACUUUUUUUGAAUUGGCUACCACUUUGAAAAAUUUAGAAGCCAAGUGACUAUCAGAGAAAAAAAUUAAUUUCACGCCCUGGUUUGUGAAAUGAGCUCACUCUUCUUAACUCUUUAACCCCUGUGAGUGACCAAGACUGAAUUUCUCCUCACAAAAUCGAUUCAAGAUCAAGCAGAAAAGUAACCAGAAUAAAGCAAAAGCAAAUUCUCUGAACUAACAUCGUAAGAAUCAAAUGGAAGACAAUGAGGAGAAUUACUAACAAAAUCUGGGAAUUGAAAGUGUUUAAGGGAGUGAGGACCAAUUUGAGGGAGUGGCACAAAUCAAGCAUACUAAACUGCAGGCUUCUAAUAAGGUAUCUAGAUAGUUUAUACACCUUAUUCUCUGUUGUUUUUUACACAGGACUUGAAACAAUGGGUGUGAAAAAGUUUGAUAGAGAUCCUCCUGGUGGUGAUAUGGACAGAAUCAGUGCAGAGACAUUUUUGAAAGAGGCGUAAGUCAGCUUAUAUGAAAUUAUAGCUACUGUAAGUAAACUUCAACAGAACUUGUCAAAGUUGGUUGUAAGGGAUGAAAAUUACAGUUUUGAAGGAAACAUGGUUUUUUUGGUAGCAACUGUAAAUUUUAUUAAGAUUAUUUGAUUGAUUUUUUUUCAGGCGACAAGGACUUGCUCAGGCAUCUGCAACAUUCUCUUUGUAG